CGUGUUAGUUUACGUGCGGAAACGGUGGCCGUGAGAGAAGAUGGCGACCUCUGUAGUGGUACCUCCUGGUGCGGUGGCCAGUAGGGCCAACAAGCGCAGUGUCGGCGGGCCGGGAGGCGGUGGCAGCGGUGGUGGAGCCCGAGGGGCCGAAGAGGAACCGCCGCCGCCCCUACAAGCAGUUCUGGUGGCGGAUAGCUUCAACCGCCGCUUCUUCCCAAUCUCCAAGGACCAGCCUCGGGCCCUCUUGCCCCUGGCCAAUGUGGCACUAAUCGACUACACUCUGGAAUUCCUGACUGCCACAGGUGUACAAGAAACCUUUGUCUUUUGUUGCUGGAAGGCUGCUCAAAUCAAGGAACAUUUACUGAAAUCCAAGUGGUGCCGCCCUACCUCCCUCAACGUGGUUCGUAUAAUUACAUCAGACCUAUAUCGGUCACUGGGGGAUGUUCUUCGUGAUGUUGAUGCCAAGGCCUUGGUGCGCUCCGACUUCCUUUUGGUAUAUGGGGAUGUCAUCUCAAACAUCAAUAUUACCAAAGCCCUGGAGGAGCACAGGUUGAGGCGAAAGCUAGAAAAAAAUGUAUCUGUGAUGACAAUGAUCUUCAAGGAGUCAUCCCCAAGUCACCCAACUCGUUGCCAUGAGGACAACGUGGUAGUGGCUGUGGAUAGUGCCACAAACAGGGUGCUCCAUUUUCAGAAGACCCAAGGCCUUCGACGUUUUUCGUUUCCCCUGAGCUUGUUCCGGGGCAGUGGAGAUGGAGCGGAGAUCCGCUAUGAUUUACUGGAUUGUCAUAUCAGCAUCUGCUCUCCUCAGGUGGCUGAACUCUUCACAGACAACUUUGAUUACCAAACUCGGGACGACUUUGUGCGAGGCCUGCUAGUGAAUGAGGAGAUCCUUGGGAACCAGAUCCACAUGCAUGUGACAACUAGGGAAUAUGGUGCCCGGGUCUCCAACCUACAGAUGUAUGCAGCUGUCUGUGCUGAUGUCAUCCGCCGAUGGGUCUACCCUCUCACCCCUGAAGUGAACUUCACUGACAGCACAACCCAGAACUGCACUCAUUCCCGGCACAACAUCUACCGAGGGCCUGAAGUCAGCCUGGGCCAUGGCAGCAUCCUGGAGGAAAAUGUGCUCCUGGGCGCUGGCACAGUCAUUGGCAGCAAUUGCUUCAUCAACAACAGCGUCAUUGGCCCUGGCUGUCACAUUGGUGAUAACGUGGUGCUGGACCAGGCCUACCUAUGGCAGGGUGUUCGAGUCGCUACUGGAGCACAGAUCCAUCAGUCUCUGCUUUGUGACAAUGCUGAGGUCAAGGAACGAGUUACAUUGAAGCCACACUGUGUCCUCACUUCGCAGGUUGUAGUGGGCCCAGACAUCACACUGCCUGAAGGUUCGGUGAUUUCUUUGCACCCUCCAGAUGCAGAGGAAGAGGAGGAUGAUAGCCAGUUCAGUGAUGAUUCUGGGGCUGACCAAGAAAAGGAGAGAAUGAAGCUGAAAGGUUACGAUCCAGCAGAAGUUGGAGCUGCAGGCCAGGGCUUCCUCUGGAAAGCUGCAGACAUGAGCAUGGAAGAAGAGGAGGAACUACGGCAGAAUCUAUGGGGACUCAAAAUCAAUAUGGAAGAAGAGAGUGAAACUGAAAGCGAACGAAGUAUGGAUUCUGAGGAGCUCGAUAGCCGAGCAGGCUCCCCACAGAUGGAUGACAUCAAAGUGUUCCAGAAUGAAGUCCUGGGAACACUACAGCGGGGCAAGGAGGAGAACAUUUCUUGUGACAAUCUCGUCCUAGAGAUCAACUCUCUCAAGUACGCCUACAACAUAAGCCUCAAAGAGGUGAUGCAGGUACUGAGCCACGUGGUCCUGGAGUUCCCCCUGCAACAAAUGGAUGCUCCGCUUGACCCGAACCGCUACUGUGCCCUGCUGCUUCCCCUGCUCAAGACCUGGAGCCCUGUUUUUAGGAACUAUGUAAAACGUGCAGCUGAUCAUUUGGAAGCACUGGCAGCCAUUGAGGACUUCUUCCUGGAGCAUGAAGCUCUUAGUGCUUCUGUGGCCAAGGUACUGAUGGCUUUCUACCAGCUGGAGAUCCUUGCUGAGGAGACAAUUCUGAGCUGGUACAGCCAAAGGGAUACAACUGACAAGGGCUGGCAGUUGCGCAAGAACCAACAGCUGCAGAGGUUCAUCCAGUGGUUAAAAGAGGCAGAAGAGGAGUCAUCCGAAGAUGACUGAAGUCGCCCUGCCUGUUCCUGUGGGUGUGGUUAAAAGCCCUCCUGGUUUCUGGACGGGGCGAGUAGGAGGCUAGUUACAGAAGAUGAGUCAUCACCAUUCUGGCUGAGACUUACCAAGGAGCAGAGGCUGGAACUACAGUAUUCUCCCCACCGCCAGCAGCCGUGUGCCUCACAUCCUGAUUGGGGAGCUUGGACAAGGGAAGCUGGGCUGAAACAAAGCUCUGCCUCCGGAGGAGCCAGGCAGGCCCUGCAGUUAGAGGAAGGCCAGAGGCAUAGCUUUGUGCUUUGGCUUUCCCUCGGGAAACAGCAGAGAGCAGCUGGCCCUCUCUGCAGCUUGUAUUUGUUAAUAUUAAAAAAGAAAGAGAGGGGUUGUGUUUGGUUUUUCUCCAACUCUGACUGAUCAGCUU